AUGGCCCGCGAGAAGCGCAUUGCCUAUAAAUCACCAAACUCCCUCAGCGACGCAAACCGUGAUAUUACUUCCGCCCAGGCGAAGCUCAUUCGCAACCAGAACACACAUGAGCACCGUCAAGCUCUCGUGAACUCAUCAGUGCCAGAAGAAACACCCGUAUCAGUCGGCUUCGCCGCCCAGAUCGUCGACGAAGCACAGAAACCAAAGCGCCAGGCUGACCUGGAAAAGGCUCGUAGUAUUCUUGACAGGCGCCAAAAAGGCCAAUCAGUCUCGUGGGUUGAACUUGGAUGGAUGAAGACACUGUGCGCCAGGGAAGCGAAGCUAGAAGGAGCAGAGAUGAAGGAUGUUACAGCGAUCGACAUGGAGAAGCAACAGUGGCCACAAGAUCAAGAACGGAAGAUACAAGGGAUCAGCGCUGCGAACAAAGAUCCCAUCUCGACUACUCGUAUGCUCCUCAGAGCUCGUUUGAGCGAGGGCGACAAGAUGGGCUCAGGGUCUGAUAGCGGCUUGAGUAAUGCAAGUGAAGUCUCUAGAGGCCCUGCGCUUGAGCCUGCUCGUGUCUCACAGAAGAAGAGUCCGGCUCGCGAGCCUGAACAUGGCAAUAGUGGUAGCGAGAAGGAAGAAGAGAACGCUGCUGUUUCUCAAACACAACCUCAAAAUCCACACCCCUCUCCGCUGAUCGAUGCCAACAACAACAUGACAGCUAAACACAACGUGGCUGAAGAUUCGGAUGUGGACAUCUGGGAUGACGAUGUCUGGGCUCUGAUGAUAAAGGCCGACUAG